AUGAGAGUUUUUAAACAACGAAUCAAGGUCAAAUUAGGUAAAGCUGAGUCAACACAAGACCCAGAAGGCUAUCUUGAACUUCGCGAUCAAGUACAAAAAACUGAAAAGUAUGUGAAAGGAGCUUUGAAGAUUGUUAGGAAUUUUUGUCAAAAAUCGGAAGCCAUCACUAAAGUGCAAAACGAAGUGGGACAAUAUUUAGUAGAAAGUGGUAUGCAGAGCAGUGAUGAAGUUGGAGAAUCAUUAAUGAAGAUUGGAGAAGGUUUGAAAUCUCUAUCUACAAUCCAUCAUGCCAUGUUAGUAAAUAUUGUCGAAAAGUUCAUUCAACCAGCCACCGAUUUCAAGAAAGAUGUCAAAGACUCUGAACAAUCACACAAAAAGUAUGACAAAAAACGUCUUGAAUUUGAUGCCCAAGUCGAUCUUGUGAAUGGACUCAAGCAAAAAGGUGAUAAAGCAGACCCACAAAAGAUCCAAGCAGAGGAAGAAAAACAACAACAACUUGACACUGAAAAGGACGAAGCAUUCGAAGAAGCCCUUGAGGAAACUUGUGAUGUUUUAGUGAAACGACAAACCAAACACUUAGCUCAACUCAAUGAAUUGUUAAUGAGUUUCCAUCACUUCUUCGCAGAAGGGUAUACAUUAACACAUGAUUUGAAGGAACCACUUGAAAAGCUGCUCGAAAAGUCCAACAAGAAAGCUUCCUCUUUCAAACAACAAACUAUUGAUUCCGUAGGUGGAGGUAGCUCUGUUAGAUCAACUCCAUCACAAGCAUCUAUUACAUCAUCACAGCCACCAACCUCAAAAACAACCACAACAGAGACAUCAACAAGUACAAAUACUUCAUCAGCAGGAGUUUCCGGAAUGGCAAAUGCAUUCAAAUUAGGUGGAGGAGGAGCCAACAAGGCCACAAAUGGCAGCAGUACCACCAACGCUUCCAGUGGCACAUCAAAAGCAGGAGGUUCUAACAAGGUUCUUUGCACAUGCAGAGCCAUGUACGACUAUGACGCUCAAGAAAGUGGAGAAAUAUCCUUCAAAGAAGGUCAAACCAUUUUAGUGUACGAAAAGGAUGAAGCAGGUUGGUGGAAGGGAGCCGUGGAGUCAACUCCAAACAAGUCUGGUCUUUUUCCAAGCAAUUUCGUUGUGGACACCUCAUCAAAGGCAAGCGGAAAGACUACAUCUGCACUGUAUGACUAUGAUGCACAAGAAUCUAAUGAGCUGACCUUCAAAACAGGAGAUGUUAUUGAGGUAUUGGAAGAAUCUGAAGGAGGCUGGUUUAUGGGUCGCAACUUAUCCACAAACAAAGUCGGUUUGUUCCCUUCUAAUUUCACAGAAUUAGGAGCAGCAGAUCAAUAA